AACCUAUAUACCAUGGUGGAAGUAUGCCAAUAUCUAUACAACUUCACUCACACACAGCAUACAGUUUUUCAUUAACCUUGUUAUUAGGACAAUAGUCUUAUUAUUACUGUCUUUAUAAUUAAAAUCACGAACACCUCUAAAGUCGGUUUUUGUUUUUAUUUCAAAUAAUAGCGUCACAUUUCAACCUGAUUUUAUCUUUAAAAUACUUUAAAGCCUUGGCAAGCAGAGGUUAGAAUUUAACCUCUCAAAUGAAGUCUUACGUUAAAGACGAACUUCUACAAUCAUCUUCUUCGGAUGAAUCAGGCUCAGAAGAUGACGAGGAGGCUUGGAAACUGACUGAUAAGGUGGAAAAGGAGUUCUUCAAGACACUCAGUCAUAUUAAAAGCAAGGAUCCAAAAAUCUACCAAAAAGGAGUUGAGUUUUUCAAAGAUGUCCCUAUCCCUGAGCAAAAACCCGAGAAGUCUAAAAUUGCUCCAUUAACUCUGCGAGAUUAUGAAAGGAAAAUUGUAGUUGAAAAAGGUGGAGAACUAAGUGAUGAAGAAUCUCUUCCUAAAAGCUUUGCUGAGGUUUCAUACGUAGAAGAGCAAAGAGCGUUGAAGAAUAGUUUGAAAAACUUGCUACAAUCAGAUUCGGAAUAUGAGAGUGAAGCAGAAUGGGGUGGCCUUUUUAAGAAACGGGACAAAUCAAAGACUGAAACGGAGAAGGAAGAAAAAGACUACAAAGAAUGGCUGAAAGGGCAGAAAAGUGAAGCACCUGACGAGGAGGUUGCAAAAGAAAUGAAACCUCUCCGAGAUUUCUGGACCAACCCUGAUCUUAAGGAAGAUGAUCAAUUUCUCAGAGAUUACAUCUUAAACAAAAGAUUUUUAGAAGCAGACGACAAAGAAGCAACAGUUCAAGACAAGUCAGAAUCUGAAGACGAUCAGUUAGAUAAAGACUGCAGUCAUCGUUCUGAAGAACCAGAUCAUGAAUAUAUUAAAAGAUACCCCAGAGUUAUGGAAAACUCUGUGAGGCAGAAAGACGACUACCGCAAAAGAAAAAGAGAAGAAAUCAAAGAAAGGAAGCAGAAGGAAAAACAAAAGAAGAAGGCAGAAAUAAAGCAAAAACAAAAACUAAAGAAGAAGGAAAUAGAGGAAAAACUUGAAGAGUUAAAAAAAUUAACUGGAAAUGAAAAACUUGCAUUUGAUAAUGUGCUAGACAAGGACUUUGACAUUGAUGAACAUGACAAAGCUAUGCAGAAGCUGUUUGAUGAAGAAUUCUAUUCUCAAGAUGAUCCUAGUUUCAACCCAGUUGAUGAUGAAGAUUUAGAUGGUGAAUGGCAAGAUGAAGUAGAAGUGAAAGAAGAAGAUGUGGAAGAGGAUAUCAAUGAAAACGAACCUCAGUGUGAAGACCCCAAUUUCAAUAUGGACUGUGAUUAUGACCCAGCUGCCGAAAGUACAAAACCAAAAAAGUCACGAAGUAAGAGGAGAAAGGACAAACAUCGAAAAAACACUGUCGGUGAAGUAUUGAAGAGAGAGAAACCAGUUUUUGACCCGACUGUACACAAAUCAUUUGAGGAUUAUGUCGACCAAUAUUAUGCCAUAGAUUGUGAAGAUUUCAUUGGUGAUCUUCCCUGCAGAUUUAAGUACAGACAGACUGUCCCUAAUUCUUAUGGACUCACUGUUGAAGAGAUUCUAGCAGCUGAUCCCAAAGAAUUGGAAAGAUGGUGCUCUAUAAAACGCAUAACUCAAUUAAAGCCCUCUUUCAAGGAAAAAAGUGAUGCCAUGUCUUUCAAGAAAAAAGCAGAAAAUGAGGCAUUAAAAAGGAAAAUACUUCCAAGCUUGUAUAAGAUAUCUGAAGAUGAAAAAUCUCCAUCUUUGGAAGACAGCAGGGUUGAAGGUAAAGAUGCACAUCAAAAGGACAGUGAACAUAAAAUAAAUAGCAAAAAAACAAAAAAAAAGGCAUCAAGUAAUAAAAAUGACUUAAGUAAAAAACGUAAAUCUGUUGCUUCUGAAAUGAUUCAACCGCCAAACAAAAGAAGAAAACCAACUCCAGAUCAAGGAAAACCAUUCAAUGCUCAGAAAAAUAAGAUCAAGGGAAUGCCAAGUAAAAAUAAUAACAACAAGAAGGAGAUAAGAACUCAAAAUACUUCUAUAGAAAAAUCAGGCUUGCUUGGUUUAUCGGAUGCUAGGUUAGAAGCGUAUGGGAUCAAACCCAAAAAGUUCAGAAAUAAAUUAAUAUACAACAACAAAGAUGGGAAUAAAAACAAGCCACGAAAACAAAAUAUUAGUAGUAAAGACAAACAGAACAAUAAGUCAAAAGCAGUCAAUACCAAUAGUGGAAACAAAGGUGAAGAAUCAGAAAAAAGGAAUAAGAAGAAAAAUAAGCAAACAAAUGAAAAGAAAAAUGGAUGGACGGUCUCGAGUACAUCAUGAAAACAGUUUAGCUAAAUAUUGGUCAGAUACAAUUUUUCACUGUAAAAUCACUCAAAAUUCAGCAUGUUUGUGGAAAAUAAAUUCAAAACUACAAUCAAUUUUACGAUGGAAUGGCCUUUGGAUUGUAUGAAUUUACUGUUUAAAUUACCUAAAAAUGAACUUUACAGCUGUACUUAUUAAUUUGUAUGUUAUUCAUUCAAUUUAUUACCUUAUUAAAAUCAGGUGUGAUUAUUUUUUGUUUCUAUUACGGUAUUCCGUUUUGUUUAUUUCAGCUUAACUUAACCACUGAGCUAUAAUAAUAACUGGAGUAACCAAUCUGUGUUUAAAAAACGUACCACUGUUUUUGCUGGUUUUGUUUCAGAGUUUCGUGGUGUUGAUAGAGGUUCCGUGUGAUCGGUUGGUAGGACUUGUCCAAUAAGAGGCAAGAUCAAGAUGGCGUUUUGUUGAUAGUAAACAAAAAUAUGUCAACAUUAUGAUUGCAAUAUAAGUUUAUUUAUUUUACGAGCAACCCAUUUUAACAAGAUCAUAAACCAAUGGCCGUUCUUUAAACAAAUGCUAUAGGCCUAAACCUAAGACUAAACCAAUAUCUCCAAACCAGGAAACUUGACUAUUUUCACCAUUAAUCAUAGCUUGAAAAGAGGUAAAUAAAUUUAAAUUAUUAUUUAUUUACUAUCAAAAACAAUUUAUUAUGUUUCAAAAUAAAUUUAAAUACACAGGUUAUAAUGUGUAAUAACUUAAAUAAGUUGUUGAUACAAGUCCUUGAAAUAACGGAUAACCCCAAAUAAAUAGUAUGGUUAGGUUAGAAUGAAUUGGAAUUUGUCAGCAUCCCACCAACCGAUCACACGGCAAACCAGCAAAAACAGUGGCACGUUUUUGUCCACAGAGUAGUGACUCCAGUUACAAUCUAAUUAACUCAAUGAACUUAACCAAUCAAUAGUUUUAUUAAUACUUUUGAAGUCAAACGGGGUGAAGCCCGUGGGUAACAGCUAGUCUUAGUAAACGUCCAAUCUGACGAAUAGAAAUUCGCUUAAAGUGCAGGUCAGCACUAGGGGUUUUUCUACAGCCAGAAUAAACUCUUUCCCAUUAAGAUAAAAUCCUAAAACAACCGCUAUUGUCCUUUGCUACAUGCUUUCCUUUUUUUCAAAAUUUUCAUGAUUUGGAAUAACCAAUUAAAUAUAGAAUCUCAGGUCCAUAAUACUACUGUGACUUAAGUUGUUCAUCUGGCUUUUUUAUUUAGCUUUACAAUAUUGAAAUGAUGUAGAAAAGCUACAUUGAAGACUUCUAAAAUGUACAAGAACCUACUGAACUUGAAUAGCAAAAAUAAUCACUAUAUUUACAGUGUAAUUAUUUUGUAAAUAAACAAGUUUACUAUUGUUA